CAUACUGCUGUGCUCAUACAUUCAUUUUCUACUGACUCCUGUUUAAUCUUCUGUUGCCGCAUGUUAAUGAUAUUGAGAUUUGUAGUUUUUGCAGAUUAAAUCAUAGAAGUGAUAAAAGUCACUGCUUAAAGAUUGGUCUUUUGUUGAUCAUAAACACGCAUUCAGUUUUAGGGUGGAAUUCAUUUUUUUUUUGGUCACAUGCAUUCCCCACCCAUGGGUGCAGGUGUGUCUACCUGCCUUUCAGAAGUUUCAAACACGGAAGUUUUUAGACUGUCACGGCUCAUUUUGCCUCUACACACUAUGGUGGAUGCAGUAGUUUGUUUUCCUUUAUAAAGCCCUCAAAAAGUGAGCCGAAAAUAAGCAAAACAUAAAUCUGCUCGAUCAGGGAGCGUUAACAAGUUUGGAUCCUUUUUGGAGCCGGAUCCCACCGGGAGUCCGAGACAAUGUCAUCCGCCGGUCAGAGGCAUCCAAGCGGCCCGGCAGAGGGAGCGGGGAUCGGGGAAAGCAUCUGCGGCAGCGCCGAGAAGCUGAGCCCGUCCGCUGUUAAUCAUAUCAUGAUGGAGUUUCUGUUUUAUUUCGGGCGGGCCAUCGUGGUUUUCUAUCCCGUCUACCUGACAGGAUACCUGGGCCUCAGUAUCAGCUGGGUGCUGCUGUGCAUGAUGAUGAUCACCUGGUGGAAGAAGAACCGCGCGUGGAAAGACGUCCGGAUCGGAACCGCCAUCGACUUUGUUGACAACGAAAGAAAUGUGAUCAACAAGGAGCUACAAAGUGCUUUACAGAUGGCAUCAUGGGUCACCUUCCCUGAUGUUGAGAAAGUCGGCUGGGUUAACAAGGUGCUGGAGCAGGCCUGGCCUUUCUUUGGGAUGUACAUGGAGAAGCUCCUCAAAGGAAGCAUCCAGUCGUCCAUCAGGCUCUCCAACCCUGCGCUCAAAACGUUCACUUUUACCAAGGUCCACUUUGGGCACGUUCCUCUCAGGAUCACUGGAUUGAGAGCAUACACCCAUGAAGUGGAUCAGAGGGAGGUGAUUCUGGACUUGAAUAUAUGCUAUGAUGGUGACGUUGACAUCGAUGCAGAUGUGAAGCCACCAAUCACAGCUGGUGUCAAAGGACUUAAACUCCAGGGGAUGAUCAGGGUCAUUCUGGAGCCACUCAUUGGUCAAGCGCCACUGGUGGGAGGAGUCACCUUUUUUUUCAUUCGCCGCCCUACCCUGCAAAUCAAUUGGACCGGCAUGACCAACGUUCUGGACUCCGCUGCUUUCAGUUCCUUGUCUGAGGAGACCAUCAUUGACAUCAUUGCGUCUCUCAUGGUCUUGCCCAACCGCAUGUCUUUUCCCCUCAUCGACCAGGUCAAAGUGGACCAGAUGAGGUUCCCACUACCACGUGGGGUGGUGAGGGUCCACUUGGUGGAAGCCAGAGACCUGGUGGCUAAGGACACAUACAUGAUGGGCAUGGUGAAGGGCAAAUCAGACCCCUAUGCAACACUCAGAGUUGGCAACCGGCAGUUCAAAAGCAAGACUGUCAAGGAGAAUUUAUACCCGACAUGGAAUGAAGUGUUUGAGUUUGUUGUCCAUGAGGCCCCGGGGCAGGAGUUGGAGGUGGAGCUAUAUGAUGAAGACACAGACAAAGAUGACUUCAUCGGAAGGUACCAACUUGAUUUCGGGGAAGUGAAGAAGGAGAAAGUAAUGGAUGAGUGGUUCCCUCUGGAAGAAGUCCAGAAUGGCGAAGUUCAUCUCAAGCUCCAGUGGCUUUCCCUUCACGCUGACUCCAGCCUGCUGAAGGAGUCUACCAACGGCUGUGCUUGUGCAAUGCUUGCAGUGUAUCUGGACAAUGCCUCAAACCUACCGAAAGACCACUCCGAGAUCACCCACCAUCACAAACAUGGGAGGCACUCACAUGAAGAACGACUCACAAGGAGAGUGGCCAAUCCUAACUCCUAUGUGGAAUUGUCCAUCGAUGAGGACGUUCAGAAAAGCAAGGUCGUGUUUGCGUCUAAAGACCCGGUGUGGGAGGAGGGCUUCACCUUCUUUGUGCAUAAUGUCAAAACACAGCAGCUCAUUGUGCAGGUCAAAGAGCAUGACAAGAAGACACAACUUGGUGUUCUCAAUUUGCCUCUCACUCGCCUCCUCAACAUCUCCAACAUGACACUGGACCAGCGCUUGCAGCUGGAGCGCUCCGGAGCAAACAGCCAGAUCAAGCUGAAGGCCACUCUCAGGAUUCUAUCUGAGGAAAAGCCGCCACCCAAGAUUGUCCCCGAUCCACAAGUCAAACCACAAACACCACAGACUAACCAAGGUGGUAACGCCUCCGUAUCCACUCCCUCCGUCGCUACAUCCUCCUCUUCAGCACUUUCCUCUAACACUACUCCCGGUGCCCAAACCCCAUCUACGGUCCGGGCGGCUGAUUCCAGGAAUGGCUCUAAUGAAGACUAUCCAGCCCACACAUCAUACAUGCGUCGAUACGACUCCCACAGCCUGCUGUCAGAGAACUCCAUCGCUUCGUCACGUUUUGACCUUUCAGAUGGAGCCUCAUAUCCAGAUGCCAUCAGGAAACACCAGGGUUCAUUUGGGGAGAUCCAACUGACUGUACGCUAUGCCAGCCUGAGGGAAAAACUCAUCAUCUUGGUUAACUCCUGCAGGAACUUAUUCCCCUGCAAUGAGAAUGGCACAGACGCUUACGUCCGCCUUUAUUUGCUCCCUGACCAAUCCUGGAGACACCGCAAGAGGACACAUGUCAAGAGGAGGACCAUCAAUCCUGUCUUCAAUGACAAGUUCGAGUUUGAUGUGUCACUUGAAGAAGCAAAAUCUAGAAAGUUGGACGUGGCAGUGAAAAACAACAAGAUGUUCCACACACGGGAGAGAAAGGACAUUGGCAUGGUGCUUAUAGAUCUUUCCCAGCUGGAUCUAACCAAAGGCAGCACAGAAUGGUAUGAGCUCACAAUACCUGGGCUGAAGAAAUCCAGCUAGCAGGUGGAGCUGUAAAACCUCUGUUUGCAGUGCAAAGAGCAGCUCCUCAGCCACUGCAAGGCCAAAUGCGGGCCUGAUAAAUGCUUGGACUGUUACAUAUUUGUCUUCUUUAUCAUCAUGGACCAGAGUUGGGUUUUCCAAAAGCAGCACCGAAUCCAUCUCAGAUACUGGACAUGCUUAGUAUGUCAGAGUAUGUAUGUAUGAUCACAGGCACAAAAUAUUCUAAACCACAGAUCUACUUAACUUUAACUUUACUUAAAUAAAUAAAUAAUAAUAAUAAUAAACUCUUUAAGUGCAUCUUGUCCCACUUACACAUAUCCCACAUGAUUUAACAGCAUACUCAGAAUAAUAUUAACUGUUCUAAAUUAUUUUAAGCAGAGAAGACAAACAGCUACAAAUAAGACAUUUAAAUAUGCUACUGUAUCCCAGAUAAUGUUAUCAAAAGCAGUGUAUCAUUUUAUGAUGCAAUUUAUCGUAGCUUAUUUGGGUCGACAAGCAGAAACCAAGUCAUCCUGAAUAGUAAUGCUAUUGAUAAGUGUUACUUUUUCAUAGGAAAUUGUUUGUGAUGUAAUUCAUCAGAAAAUGUUUGUAUUUCUACUACAAGUUAUUGUUUGUUUUGGGUAUUUUUUUGUGAGAGGUUUGUUUUUUGAGUUGCUCUGAGCCAAAUGUAUGCUUUGUAUUUCUUUGUAAAUAGUUGUAUUGAUAGUUUAAAUGUAAUUUAAUAAGGGGUAAAAAAAACCCACGUGUUUGUUGCAGCAGCCCAGGAGAGUCACUGCGUGGUGAGGAAGGUUACACACUUAAAUACACUCUGACACCCACAUAUUCACAGCUGGAAGGUGCAAAAUACAACCGUGUGUGAGCAGCUGAAGUAGUGGGUUCAUUAAAAGUGAAACUGCAUCCAAGUAAAGCACUUGAGAUAUCCUUAUUUCCUUGCUCAAGGGCAUCUUGACCAUAGUUACUGAAGGAGUAGGAGUAUAUCUUUUUAACCCUCUCAGAUUUAAGACCUGGUCUUGACUAGUACUUCUGGAAGAGUGAUCUUCAGUGACUAGACCAGAUAUUAACAUUUUGUGAUUCAUGUUUAAAAUACUCUCACACAACUUUUAUGAGUGGCUUAUAUCUGUUUCCAGGAAAAAUGUUUUAUACAACUUGAGAAACAAGCUUUUAUGUAUCCCUGUUUACUGAUUGAACAUAGUUUGGACAUGGUUUUCAAUACUAAUUGAAUUGGAUUCUCCAUUUGAGUAGGAUUUUACUCGAAAAACAUCAAAAAUUACAAUACAUUUUUCUAGGCUUAUAUGUAGACUGCCAUAGACUUAUGGUACCCAUCUUUGCUAGGUGUAAAAAGUUGAGCCAAGAAUUUGGUCUUAACUAAUGUUGAGCUGCUCUUCUAUUGUCCAUUUAAAUAGUUCUCUAGCUGGAGAAUUUAUGGAAAGUUUCCAAUUCUGAUGUUUUUGAAUUUGCAUUCUGUAUCACCCUGAAAUGUGUUUCCAGUUAACAUUUUGAUGGGAAA